AGUGUUCUUCCUGAAAUGUGUUCCGUGUAGGCACAGUGGAAAGAUGGAGUGUGUGAAUAAAGUGGGACAGCUCAUGAGUCUGGCGGCUCUACAGCAGCACGACCCCUACAUAGUGAACCUGCUGGACGUCGCCGGACAGGUCGCGCUCUAUACUUUCAACUCCAAAGCAAACGAAUGGGAAAAGACUGAGAUUGAAGGCACGUUGUUUGUUUAUGCCAGGUCGGCUUCUCCCCAUCAUGGCUUCACAAUUAUGAACCGUUUGAGUACAGAAAACCUAGUGGAGCCCAUCAAUAAAGACCUGGAAUUCCAGCUCCAGGACCCCUUCCUCCUGUACAGGAAUGGCAACUUGGGCAUCUACAGUAUCUGGUUCUACGAUAAGGCCGACUGCCAGCGGAUUGCACAGCUCAUGCUGCAGAUAGUCAAACAGGAGGCGUUGCGAGCGUCUCCCGACAGAGGCCAGAGCGGCAGGACCAAUGGUUGUGUUCAGACCAGACCCACAGAUAUCCUAGAGCUGCUCAGCAAGGCUAAAGAGGAGUAUCAAAGAAGUCAGUCAGUUGAGAGAGAUGUUCAGGUGAGCUCUGAAUCUGCGCCGUUGCGGGAUGAGGGGUAGGAGGUGAAGGGAGAGGAGGUCGAGGAGGUGCUGCUAGAGAAGAUCACAGUGGAAGAGCUUUUUGGCAGCUCUCUACCCAAAGAAGCGCCCCAGUCAGCAAGCUCCACUGUGGGAGAAAGCAUGCGUGGGCCUGUGUUUGCCCCUCCGUCUCGCUCUGUGGAGCCUCUGCUCGCUCCUCGCCUGUCUGCUGACCCAGGAGGCCCGGCGCUGGUCUCUCUGUUUCAGGGUUGUGGCACCCGAGACCAAAGACCAGCUGCUUCAAAUCCGGAGGAGAGUGGAAGCAGUCGUGGUUCGGCUGGUCCUCUCCCUCCUGCUUAUACGAAUCCUCCCACAGAUGGUCAUGGGAUGCCUGUGUCAUUGCCUGGGUUCAUGCCCGGCUCGCUGGUGACCCCACAGAGCUUCAGAGAAUCUGCCUGUAAAGUUUCAGGGCCCUUCACGGGAAAGGCUCCAUUAUCGGCACAGAGUAAAGAGGUGAAUGCGUUUACACAGUCCUCGAGUCUGGUCAAACCCAUUCCAGUAAGGCCAGCUGUUCAGGGGGAGGAGUCUUCACUGUUACUGUCUCCUAGUGUGUUCCAGCAUUCCAUCACCAAGACAACCGAGCCACUGAAGAUCCCCGCCUCCCCGACGUCUCCCACAGCAGACGUGCCCUCUUCCCUGUACAGUCGCACCCAGCUUAAAGAUACACUCAUACAUCUCAUAAAGAAUGAUGCCCAUUUCCUCAGUGCAAUCCAUGAGGCCUACAUACAGAGCCUCUCUAAAGGCCUCAACAAUGUCAAGUUAUAGUCACAAACAAACAAAAAAAAAACAUGCCAGCCAGCAGGAGCCAUCUCAGAUUCAGCGUGAAGCUUGACUACAUCCACGUUCGUUGACACUACUGGACGACACACCCGCUGAUGUCACACUCCCUGUGCUCUCUCGCUGAGCCUGAUUUAUGUCCAUCUGCCAAUCUCAUUUUUUUCAGUAAUUUUCUCUCUAUGACUCCCAGCACAAUUAUGUACAAUUAUUUUUAGGGUCUUGUGCAAUACGAAGCAUUGCCUCUUUGGAGAAUUGCUUUUCAUUUAUGAUCCUGCCUUAGACGUAUGGAUAUGAUACGGUAUCCCAGUCUCAGUGGUGUUUUACUGUUGAAUCAGUAUUGUGGUUUGCAGCACUGGGACUCUUUGAGUUCCCGGCUUAUAUGGAUUUUGAGUAGGAUGUGCACUUAUUUCCUCUUUUCUUACAAACUUAGUUGUUUAAUUUGGCCAUAAAAUGAAUGAAGGUUAGUAGAGUUAAACAUUUU